AUGCUAUACAUUCACCGAUUUUCAAUCUUCGAUAACCCUGCUGUUUCUAAUGAGGAUAAUAUAAAACUAUCAGAAGUGCAAUAUUCUUUACAAGAUACUAAAAGAUCAUUAGCAGAAGUUCGUGAAUCACUUGAUCAACUGAAUAAACAAUCAUCUGAUUACCACGCAGCGAUAGAGGAGAAUAAGAUAAAAUUAUCAGAAAUGAGGCAAUUAUUUGAUCAAGGCAACAAAAAGUUAACUGAUUUUCAAAAAACAAUAGGGGAAACUGACACGAAAUUAUCAGAAAUGAGACAAUUACUAUCACAAACCCAAAUCCAGAUUGGAACAAAAACAACUACACCCUUGGAAUUUAGACCAGUUUCUCAACAAUUUUCGAAUAAUUUGUGA